UGAGGGGGCGUGGAAUCGACAGCACCAGUUACUGAUUGCUGUUACCGUGGAGCUCGGUGUAAAUACCACUCACCCAACACAGUAAAUUAAGAUCUGAUUAGAUCUGUGGAGCUAAAAAUAAAAAUAAAAAUAAAAAAAAACCCACAGCAGCCGUAUUUCAUCGUUGUGGAGGAUGCCAAAGCAAGAAUGUAUACGUGAAUUCGACUAAGAAAAGUUCUGCCACUGGUAAAGGCAGCACACAGCCAUCAUGCAUUCCCCAAGAUCGAACAAGUUGCAUGAGGACAACCAAGAAAAAGAAAGGAGCCCGCACUCUCAUAGGAGCACCGACCGAAACAGCGACCAGCUGAUGGCAGACCGCAAGAGCACUAUGGGAGACGGGGAGAGGACUAGAACCCGGGAAUGCAAUCACAACUUGCAUUACGAAAAGAACAGUGAUUCCUAUUAUUCAGACGAUUACGAUCACGACUCCUAUGAAUCUGAUCAUUCCCAUUCAGGAUCCAGAACUCCCAGCCCCAGGAGGACAGAGCACAUGAAAUGGAUCCCCAGCAGCCCAGCUCAUAAACAAGGACUGAAGAAGAAAGUCCCAAGAAACCUCACAAACAAGACCAGGAGGCUGCAGAAUUGGGGUUUCCGCUCCCAGAGCCUGAACAAGGAGCCCAUGCCGAAGGACCUGGACCUGGUGACUAAACGCGUGCUGUCUGCACGGCUUCUGAAGAUAAACGAACUGAAGAACGAGAUGUCGGAGCAGCAGCUGCGCUUGGAGGAGCUGCAGAAGGAGAACAAGGUGCUGCGCCGGCUGCAGCACCGGCAGGAGAAGGCCCUCAACAAGUUUGAGGACACGGAGAGCGAGAUUGCUCAGCUCAUAUCCAGCCACAGUAAUGAAGUGCGCACGCUCAGGGAGCGGCUGCGCAAGUCGCAGGAGAAGGAGCGCACCGCUGAAAGGCGGUUCAAGGAUUCAGACGAGGAGCUGUAUCGCACCAAGUCCUCCCUGCAGAAACUACGCAAGCUGGCUGAGGACAAGCAGCUAGCUGAGCGGGAUGAGCUGGCCCGAAAAAUGGCCCAGGCGGACGCACGGCUGGAAUACAGCGACAGGAGGAUUAAGGAUCUGGAGAAAAACCUGGAGUUGAGCCACAGUAGUUUUCAGAGGCAGCUUGCAGCAGAGAGGAAGAAAGCACACGAAGCUCAGGAGGAGGCCAAAAGCUUGCAGGGCGAACUGGAGCGACUCAACCACAAACUCAAGGAAAAAGAAAGAGAACUUGAUACAAAAAACAUCUACGCUAAUCGAAUGUUAAAACUAUCUCCUAAGAAAGACACUGACAUCACCCCAAGAAAUAAAGCACCAAACCGGAACGCUACAAAAGGAGUGCAGACUGAUAAGAACUUGUUGGCCAUUGAGUUUCCUCCUCCACCUCCUGCUGUUACUGAUGAGACAGUAGAUCCAGAAGAAGUUGAUUAUUUUUCAUUGAAGGAUAAGAGUCAUCAAGCUGUACAGGGCAGAGCAACAGACUCUGGUCCAUCAGUCAGAAAGACACUACAGCGCAAAAUUAUAAAGGACCAAGAGAACAAGGAGAGGGAGACAGCGGAGCGCCUGCGAGUGGCCAAGGAGAGGCAGGAGCGGGAGAAGGAGAGAGAGGAGAAACUGAGGAGGGACCAGGAACAGCAUGCACUGGAGGACAAAGCCAAGAGGCUCAGGGAAGAGUGGGAGAGGGAAGAAAUGGAACGAAAGAGGAGAGAAAAUGAGCUGUACCAGCAGCAGCAGGAGGAGAGGGUGAGGAAGCUGACAGACCAGGAACAGCAGAGCCUGGAGGAGGAGCGGCGCAAGAAGGACCUGCUCUUGGCCAGGAUGAGGGAGGUCGACCUCGAGACCCAGGGCACUAAUAUCUUCUCAGAUCUCUCCAGCACCAAACCAGCCACCCACUCUCAGGCAGACCAAACACAGAAAAUCUUAAAGUUCUCUGAGUCGGUGAACAACCUCCAUAGCGGCAUUCCAUCUCAGGGAAGCAGCGACUCCAUCAAGAAGCUUGACUCUUCCGGUCGCAGAGCCAUCAAGACUGUGGACUCCAGCGAGGACCUCACUUUUGGCAGCUACGCUCCUUCUUUUGGGAAGACAUCCGGAAGGACUGGGCUCUCCAGCAAAAAGAGUGAAAGCCCUGAAGUGAAGGACAAGGACAACUUUGACACCACUUUCGGGAAUAACAAGAAAUCAAAUCUGAUGCAACAGUUGUUUGGUGCCAGUUCCAAUGCCGACAUCCCUACUUUAGAAAUUUUGAAUCUGCCUGCACCAAGCAAGACCUCUCAGGACACCGGUGGAGCCUUCCCGUGGGAGAAAAGCAGCCCAGCCAAGAAGAAAGAUAACUAUACAUUCUUUAAUGUGGGCAAAACACCAAGCGCCAACAUGGGCCAGCCACACAUUGCAGCAGACAGACCUGCAAUAAGGGCCAUCAAUUCUUUAGAGGAUGAAAUAGAAGAACUUAUACUUUAAACGGAUUUAUAAUAGUUUACAGCAUUCUAAUAUAUUUCAGAAUCGUCCAGCUAAUUAGAAAUAAUUUCUGUAUUGUAGAAGGUUUUUUAUUGAUUAUAUACAAAUAUAGUAAAUGCCUUAUGAAGGAGUAAUCUGCUUACAUCUCAUUUGUAUGCUAGCCAGUGUGUGUAACUGGUAAUAUUUUGGAAAUGCAUUUGUGUUUUUGUAGUUUGUAUUUGCACUUGAUGGUUUAUUUAGGGGAAGAUUGGAGGGCUCUGAUUUAAGAAUUUUGAGAUACUAAGCAUCCAAUUUGUGACAGUACUUACCAUUGAGCCAAAUCAUAGGUAUUUUUCAUUAUUACUGUGCAAAUGUCAUGCCUUUGAAGGUGAAAAUGUAGCUACAGGAAGGUGGGGAUUAGCCAGACUGUCUAAGGCAUCAACUAUCAGAUUUAAAGUUUUUUGUUUUAAAGGAAGUUUUCAUUGGUUGAAGAUAAAUGGCAUACAUGUUUAAUACUAUGACAAUGUUUUAUGCAUUCCAUGCAUAAAAUUUAUUAUAUAGACUGUCCUAAAUUGUGUCCCACAUGAACACAAUUGGAAAUCGUGUAGCAAUUUAUAUUUAAUUUAAAUUAAGAAAUGUAUAUUAUGCUACCUAUUUAAUUUACAUAAUCCCCCCCCCCCCCCCCCCCCCCCCCAAUUUAGAUUAAAUUUGGUAGGGCCAUUUAUUUUACAUUUUUGGUUGGAUAAUUGUCACAUAGUCUUCACUUAGGAUAAUCAGUUACAUAAAUUUAAUGAAAGUUGCGUGGGCUUUUGCUACAAUAAUUGAUCCCGGGUAAAGUGAAUGUAGGUCAUGAUAACCUAUGUUUUCACUGUACUGACAUCUAAUUCAUAAAGCAAUUGAAGGUUAGAUCUUGGGAACUACUGAUACUGGUUUUGAUUAAAUUAUUAAUGGUAAUAUAUAUCAUGAGAUGUAUUCUACAUCUGAAAGCUGUACUAUUUCAUGGUAUUUAUACCUAUAAAUGAUUUAUUUAUGCACUUGGUAGAGUAUCUGGUAUUAAAGAGAUUAUUUGCUUUAAUUUAACCCAAUCCUGAACAUUGCUUACCUACCCUUCUGCAACAUCAGAUAUAUGAAUUCUAUAAGGUUAACAAAAGACCCCUUAUCCACUGUUGAGUUUUGAAUGAACUGCCUUUGGAAACCAGAGUAUUGGAGAUGUACAGAAAGUAGAUUUUCUGUUUUCUCUUCUGCUUUCAUAAUUACAAUGGAGAAAAUGAUUACAGAAUAAAGCAGCGCAAUAUCUGUAACAAUAACAACAACAAAUAUCAAUGACAACUAAAACCCUGUUAAGUAGUUUUAUGUGAAGAGUGACACACUAAAGUCAAGUAACAGGGAAUCAACCUUUUCCAACCCGGCACAAUAAUCAAUUUUAAAUGUCAAAAUAUACAGGCAAAUAACGGAAUAGGUGUUUUAAGAUGUGGUUGUAAUUUUUUGUUUUAGUAACUUUGCUGUUGUUGUAACCUGAAUUUUAAGAUUGAUCAUUAUGCUUGUAAUUGGUUUAUUUUGUGACAUUUAUUUGUAAACAACCAAUCAAUAUUUUUGACAUGGAAAAUAUAUAUGUGUGUGUGUGUGUGUUCCAUUUCACGAAAUUUCACGAAAUUGAUAACAGAGUAGAUGUUUAUUUCCAAAGACUUGGACAGCACAAUUCAAAACAGUAUAUUCAUAAUGUUUCAGGAAUAUGGGAGAGACACAAUGAAGUGUGUGUGUAUGUGUGUAUAUGUAUAUAUAU